GUGGUGGUCGGCACUUCAGGCCCCUGCCAUUACUUUGAGGUUACCUGCAUCACUUUCUGCAGCUACUUCCCCGAAGGCUUGAGGACGGCGCUUUUGGCAGGUGCGUGGGGCUCGUGGGACGGGGCGGUUUGCGGUUGCGAAUACUGGCAGAUUCUGCAGCUGCGACGUCCGGACCAGGGUGAGGACCACGCAGAUGACGGCUUCUUAGCCAUCUCCAAGAUUCGUUGCCUUCAAUCUUUCGGUGUUGGAACAGUAGCCUACGGGGGGAGGUCCCUCAUAAUCCAUGGGCGUGAGGCGGUUGUGUGUGCAGAUGGCAAAGCUUGGGCCUGGGGCUGCGGUAGCAAUGAUGGCCGCUGCGGCGUGGAGCGCUUCCUCAACAAGAAGGGUGAGGGCAAGCCUCCGGAGGUGGACAUGAUGAAAUGCUACAUGAUGGGGCCGCAUCGCAUUGGUGUUGCCCGGCCGCUGUACUGGAAGCAUCCAAGCCUCCAGGGCAUGCGGGUGUUGAUGCUGGCGACUGGCCGCAACCACAUGGCCGGCAUUGCAGUUCCAGCUGGGGACUAA